GAAGAAAACCAGAACCUGAAAACACGAAACCAGGAGCUGGAGACACGAAACCAGGAGCUGGAGACACAGAGGAACAACUUAACACAACAAAUAGAGAAGAAGGAGACAGAGUGGAAUGAGCUCAACGUCACUCGAGCUCAGUGGACCAUUGAUGCCUACUGCAGCAUAGAAGAAAACCAAAGACAUUGUAACGCUUGUCAGGAUGGAUGGCUAAACAACACGUCCAGCUGCUAUGCCAUUAAUAACCCUGGUCUUAAUGAACAGAAAAACUGGAGAGAAGCUCGAGAAAACUGCAGAGGAAAGGGUUCAGAUUUGGUUGUUAUAGUUGAUAAAAAAGAAAAGAAAUACGUCAGUGAUCACAGCUGGGAAAGUUCUGGAACCAGAGGAUACUGGAUUGGCCUGAGAGUUGAAGAUGGGAGAUGGAAGUGGGUCGAUGGAAGUGAUCUGACUGAAGA